AGUUACGUCACUGUAUGAGACGUUGGUUUCAAGACAACAUCGAGCUGUUGCAGCUUUUCAAAAGUUGCGUUUGUGGUCUAUCUAUAACUUGUUAAUCGUUAAAGGGAUUGAGUGAUAUAAAAAGUUUUGUUUAGUCUGUGGCUCGAAUAUUUUGCCAUGUUGAAACGAAGAAGUUCAAACUUAAUUUUGCAAAUCGCUAUAAAACGAACAAAAUUAGCGAUUUGCAACUACUAUGAGCCUGAAAGAAAGAAGGAAAUGUUAAUAAUUAUAAUCAUCUAGCAUACCCUUCUAUGGUAAUUGUCGGAAUUUGUCGGGUACACGCGGAAAUGUUUCCAGACAUAGUGAUUCCAGACAGUCUUUCACGAAAAUAAAAGUAAAUACGAGAUGUAAACGUCAGAUGAAGUGUAGUUUUUAGGAUUAAAAAAUGAAUAUAUUUCCUUCUACAUCUAAUUUCUUUGCCGGAUGCGAUGCAGAAGCAGACUGCUUGACGUUUACAGAAGAAAUUCCACGAAAAGAAGUAGAACAAAUCGAGAUAGUUGGACGUGGUGCCUUUGGUGUUGUCCACAAGGCAAAAUGGCGUGGGAAAAUUGUUGCUGUCAAAACUUUGGAAGCUGACAAUCAGCAGAAUGCAUUUACAAUUGAGGCACAGCAAAUGUCAAGAGUGAAGCAUCAGAAUAUAGUUAAAUUAUAUGGAGUGGUGCAUAAUCCGAUUGGUCUGGUCAUGGAAUUUGCCGAAGGUGGAUCACUUUAUAAUUUGCUUCAUGGCUGGGAAAACUGUGUUGCACGUCCGGAAUACACUGCUGCACAUGUCAUAAGCUGGGCUCUGCAAUGUGCCAUGGGUGUUGAAUAUUUACAUGGUACCAAUCCGAAGGCAAUAAUUCACCGUGAUCUUAAACCACCUAAUUUACUAUUGGAUAUUACACAUACACUGUUGAAAAUUGGUGAUUUUGGUACAGCUUGCGAUAUGCAAACGUACAUGACAAACAACAAAGGAAGCGCUGCAUGGAUGGCACCUGAAGUUUUUGAAGGGGAUAAAUAUACAGAAAAAUGUGACGUAUACAGUUUUGGUGUUAUCUUAUGGCAGUUGAUAUCACGACGUAAGCCAUAUGACGAUGUAGGUGGACCAGCCCUGCGUGUCAUGUGGGCAGUUCAUCAAGGACGUCGACCUCCUUCAAUACGAAAAGCACCAAGUCCCUUCAAAUCUCUGAUGACUCGUUGUUGGCAUAAAGAGCCUCAGAAAAGACCGUCAUUUUCAGCGAUAGUUCCUUAUUUGAAACAUUUCAUGCAGUUUUUUAAAGGUCAUCAUACGCCAAUCGUUUAUCCUGAGAAAAAGACAGCUUCUUUUGUGGAAAACAGCGGGGAUCCUUCAGAAUCGUCCGAAAGUUUGUCUACCCAGUCUGAACCGGUGUUUCCCAGUCAAUUGCCGUUUGAAAGUACAGAAAGAACAUCUAUCAAAGGCGAAACUACACAAAGCGAUCCAGGCGAUUUAAGGUUUGAAAAGUGCGAACUCAAUCCUAGUGAAUUGCAAACGCUCUCUGAAGAAAACGAGUCGAACAAUGCUGAUGGCACGUCAAGAGGCAAGAAAGAUCCAAGCUCUGAUAUCGUUCAUGAAAAUAGAGCUUUUGCCCAGGUGACAUCAGGUAUUGACCCGUUGGCUUUGCAGUUCGAUGAUGGAAGGAAUGCUGAAGCGUUAAACUCUCAUUUUACGCAAGAAAUUCCACCUGAUAUUCCCGAGCAAAUCAACGGUGGUGAGAAGGAAAAAGGGUUACUCGUUCUUUUUCCCACAGACGAUGCGAACUUUGACACAGAAGGAACCGUAGAACAAACUGAGAUAGCUAGCAAUCCAAAUUUGGUAAAAAUUCCAUCUAGAGACUCGCCGUACGGAAGAGCAUCUCCGAUAAGCGGAAAUGUACCUCCACACAACACACCCGUGAUUGGCUCCAAUAAAGGUGAACUGAACCUGCUGGAUGUACAAAUGGCUCUGAAUCAAGUAUUUAGCGAGGAAUGUAAUGAUCACGUGGAGAACGGUCAUGACUUUCAACGCUCACACUCAGCCGGUCAGGUCUCUUAUGAAGGGCGGAAGGAACAAGUAACCAAACAGAGACACUAUUCCGAUGUCACUCCACGUGAAAUAAAACGUGAAGAUUUAAGAUAUGUUGCUGAUCUGGAUCCCCAUCUACAGCCAGUAACUCCUAUUUCCGGUAACGACGAAUCAAUGAAGUUAUUUGAGGAGCAUAUGCAGUUGGCUCAAGAUUAUCUAAAGCUGCAAAAAGAGAUUGAGCGACAUUUGCAGAGAAGGUCAACUCUCUAUCACGAAUUAGAAAUGUACGAAAAAGAAGAGCAGUCGAGGGCAAAAAACAUUGAGAAGUUUUCCCUUUUAAAAAGCGAACAGGACAAUUUGAAAAGUCUUCGUGAUGAGCUCGAGAAUGAAUUGGAGAAAAAAAUGCAUAGGUAUAAAUAAAAGUUCAUACAAUACGCAUCAACCAACCGCCGCCCAUAAGGUUUGCGUACCUGGAAAGGCCAUUUACUGUUUAUGCAAGAAAACUUCGACGCCAUUUUGUCACAUCGCCCAAAGAAGACACCUGAAGCAAUUGGCAUUGUCGCACAAAUGGCGUUUUCUCAUACAUAUAUUUAUCAACAGGUUGAUUGAGAAUGUCGCUAUAUGCGUUGCUUAGCGUGCAUGUAUACAUUGAAAGGCAGAAAUCAUCCCGUGUUGAACGACAUUUUCUUGCGAUGCAUUCUACUGUAAAGCAACUCGUUAAAACAAGCAAGUGGGCACUAUUUUUAGGUUUUAAGGAGACUUUGUUAGAUCAAAAAUUUUCUCGGUAAUAAUUCUCACAACGUCUGGUGAAACAACUGCAUUCAUGAAAUCUUCAACACUGAGUUCCUUCGUCCUCGUUUCUUCUACUUCAUUGCCUCGCUUUGUAUUUCGGUUGUAAUAGGCCACCACAGCUUUUCGACACAACCUUAGGCUCUCUUCAAAUGACAAAUCUUCCUGUAUUUAGGAUAGAAAAAUAGUUCCUGAUUAGUGAGUACAAAAGACACAACUGGAGUUUAAUUUAUUUUGACCUCUCUCAUAGAUGGAGUAGCCCAAAGUUUGUCCCUGCAUGUUUUGUUGUCUUUUGAUCUUAAAGAACAUAUCUAGAAAACGAUACAAUACUUUUAUAGUACCAAAUACAAAACAUUUGCUUAAGUGUAAGUAUUUGUCAUACUGGAUGUUGCAUUUUGAUGGAAGAAAACAUGUCAAUUGUUUGACCGGGAACUAUACGAUAAUUAUGUUAUGUUUCACGCACGUUGACAAUUUAUUACUGACAGAUUUUGUAAAUUCAGCAGUUAUAACGAUUUACACUUCCAAUGGUGCAUUGAAAUCGUUAUGGGGUCAACUUUAGACAAAAUCUUUAAUAAAGUCAAAAACCAGCUCACGUA